GAUGGAUAAAGCAAUGAAUUUGAUUGUAAAAUACUCUCCAAUCGCUGAACAGCAGCAGGAUAUCUGUAUACAAAUUAUAAAAGAGUUAAAACAAUUGAAAAGUAAAUCUAAACGAAAUAUACAACUGAUGAUCUCUUAUGCGCAAACUGUUCAAAAAGAAAUAUGUUAUGCUAAUGGAUACACACGUAGUAGUCCUCAAUCAGAAGUGAUACUAGCUGCAAUUGAUUUAUUAAAUCAUGUUAUUUCAUCCGGCUUUACGUUACAAGAAAUUAAACCUCUAUUUCAAGAAAUAAUGAAUAUUCUUAUAUCAAUAUUCGAGCAAAGAGCCGUCUGUUCAGGAAAUAUUAUUGCUUUACAAUGUUUAUUAUCUCUUCCAAAUAUUAAUCUUUAUUUUAAAAAUGACGUUGAUGCAGUAACUCUUUCGAAAUGGAUUAAGGCGCUCUGUCAAGAUUUUCAACCGAAAAAAUACGAUUAUGAACCUACAGAAGUGACGUUUAGCCUAGCAAAUAGUCUUUCUCUCUUUACUUCUCAAAUUGUCCCAGGACAAUUGGUAUUGUGUAAAUUUGAAAUUUUAAAAGGUUUAGUAUUUUGGUCAGAAAUUUCCCAGAAUAAUGAAAUAGCCGGUAGUAUGAUAUCUCUCUUUCAUGAUAUGGCGACUUGUAUAGCUUCCGAAUUGAAAAAUUCACAUAUUUAUGAAGAUUUAGGGAAAGAAGCAUUUGGUUCAAUCCUAUCAAGAUGUAGAAAGAUACUAUUAGCGCAGAAUUAUUAUGCUCAGGAUUAUUUACAAAAGGCUUUGUUAUUUUUGAUAAGAGACGGUUUACAGUCCUAUCUAAAGCAAACUAACAAUUCUGUCCAUUUGGCAUUGAUUUUUGACUUUUAUGAAAAAGUGGAAAAGUCAGAGAAUCCUGAUGUUAAAUAUGUCUUAAACGGUAUAGGACAGCUUCUUCAGGAAAAGAUUCAAAUGAUAAAUUUUAAAUCUAUUGGAAAGAAAAGUGCCAUAGAUCAAUAUUUUGAUGAGAUUAAGCACUUAAAAAGUUCAAAAGAAGCUAAUGAAUUAAUGAGAAAGUAUAUUAAAAAUUUUCCAAAUAAAUACCUACCAAUACUACAAGAAAAAGAUGAAAAAUUGAAAGAAUAUAUUCUAGUGAUAAUUGAAAAUCCAUAUUAUGAUAUUUCUUAUUAUCUCUUUCAAGAGUUUGUUGAAAAAAGACAAAUGAUAAACAUUAAAGAAAGUCGACAAUUAUUUCUUUUUACUUUUAAUUCAAUGUAUUCAGCAAAUGUUAAAUAUGAAUAUGAAACAAUUAGAGCCUACGAUUGCAUGGCUAGAGGAUUUAUGGUUCUUAUGGAGAAACAUAACUUGAUGGCAAAAUGGAAAAAUGAUAUUUAUGAUAUCAUUGAAAAAGCGUUUAAUUUACAUAAACAUCCUUAUCAUUCGGCCGCUUCGGUAUUUAAUUCAAAAGUUGAUUGGAAGGGAGAAAUUGAAAGAUUUAAUAGAAUUGUAAUAAAAAUUAAAGUACUACUUGAAAAGGAUCAUUUAUACGUUCGUGAGAAUGAUCCAAUUGUUGAUGUCAUUCUAUAUACAGUACAAUAUCUUAUGGUUUCUUAUACAAGAAAUAAGAAAUUUAUUGAAUACGCCAAAACAUUCGGAGACUUAUUCAAUUAUUGUUACACUCUACCUUGGCUUAGAGAUGCGGAAAGCAGCGAAUUUGAAAGAAAUAACCUACUUGAAGAUAGACGAAGAACUUUAGCUGGACAAGUUCUCAUUGAUUUUUUAAAGUAUAUUUAUCCUUUGCAUAGUCAGUAUACCGAAUUUGUUAAACCCAUUAUUGAUAGUGUGCGUAAAUUGAAGCAACAAGAGGAUGACGUCACGCUACAAAACCUUGCCGUCUCUCUACUCUCUCAAUUAACCAAUCAACCAGACCUUUUGGAUGUUACUUCAGCCAAAGAGUUUUUUGACGAAUUCUUACAAAAUCCAGAAAUUACUCAGUUUUCAAAAAUCCCUCCACUCUACAAUAUAUGCCCCGAUUAUAUUUAUGAAAACUUUACAACUCUUAUCGAUAUUGCAGACGCAAAUGAACCCUAUUUUACAGUCUAUAUGACGCAAUUAAUUGAACAAAUUGUCUCAAAUCAACCUCAAAAGAUAACAGACGAAAUUUUCAAAUAUCUCAUAUCUAUAACUUCAACAGAUUAUUGUGGAACUACAACUAAAUCUUUAGGAAAAUUGGCAAAUUCACAUUUUCAUCUAUUUAAAGAUUAUCAUAAAAUCAUUGUUGCUAAUAUGAAGACUACGAAAUACCCGCUAAUGACAGUUAUACCAGAAUUCUGUAAAACAAAAGAGUUAGCUGAGUUCUACUGUCCAGCAAUUUGGGAUUUUGUUACAACAGUAAAUCCUGACUUUAUGAAAUCAUGCCUUUAUACUUUUCGGAUAUUAUCACAAAGCUACCAUCAAGUUGUUUCCAAUUAUAGAAAGCAAAUUGAAAAAUUAAAAGAAAAUCCACAAUUGAAAGAAGCCGCAAUGGCCGUCAUAGAUGAACUUGAAGGUAGAUCUUUAGAAACGGUUGCCAAUGAUGUUCAAGAACAGAGGGAAGAUAUCGAUAACCUUGAUUCCAGAGUCACUGAAAAUGAAGAAAAGAUUGUUGUUCUCGAUACCGAUGUUAAAGAAACAAAGAAAGAUGUUGCUGAUGUAAAACAAGAUGUAAAAGAAACAAAGAAACGCAUUGAUCAAAUUGAAUAUACAAUCAAAGGACUCGACGAAAGAGUUGAACAAUUAAAUCAUAUGACUCUAUCACACGCUCCAGCAUGGUCUCGUCAUGUUUCUGAAUUAAUGAAUGAUCAAUCUGAUAAUGAUUGGAGACUUCUCUCUAUGAAAUUGAACUAUUCUAAUGAUGAUAUUCGAAAUUGGGCUACUCAACCAGAUCCUUGUCUGUCAAUGUUGGACGAAUGGUUCGCUACACACAAAACUAGAGAAGCUACUUUUGCUAUUUUAAAUAAUUUGAAAGAAAUGAACAGACUCGACGCUGCAGAAAUUGUAGAAAAUGCUUUAGCUUCUGUCAAAAAUGUUGUUAAAGAUGAUGAAGACGAAGAAUUUGAAAAACCCGAAAUAUUCCUCAGCUAUCAAUGGGGACAUCAACAAGAAGUUAAAAUGUUAAAGAAACACCUAGAGAUGGCCGGCUUUAAAGCCUGGAUGGACAUUGGUCAAAUGGGUGGAGGCGAUAAACUAUAUGCAAAAAUUGAUGAUGGUGUAAGAUCAGCUAAAGUAAUCAUUAGCUGUGUAAGUGAGAAAUAUGCAAAAUCAGCCAAUUGUUGUAGAGAAGUAAAUCUAUCAACUAACCUUGGUAAACCAAUGAUUCCUUUACUUAUGGAAAAACUACAAUGGCCGCCUGCUGGUCCAAUGGGUCCAAUUAUGUCGGAAUAUCUAUAUGUUCAAUUCUUCAAAAAUGGAGGCAUGCAAAAAGGUGAUACUGUAUUUUGGAUGCCUCCUAAAUUUCAAGAACUACUGAUGCAAAUUCGAUACUAUGUUGUUCCGGAUAUGAAAUUAAUAACUAAAGAUUCUCCAUAUGCUGGAUGGAUGAAUCCACCUGAAGAAGAAAUAAUAAUACCAAAGAGAGAGCAAAAGGCUGUAGAAUCCAAAACAUCGAAUGCUAAAAGUGAAGAAGAAGAAGUGAUAAGUCCCGAUGUUUUCAUCUCUUAUCAAUGGGAUAAACAACCUCAAAUCAAACGCCUAUAUAAGAAGUUGAGUGGAUUGGGAUAUCAUUGUUGGCUGGACAUAAUGCAAAUGGGUGGUGGAGAUUCACUAUUUGAUAAAAUUGAUAAAGGAAUCAGAGGUUGUAGAGUUGUUAUUUCCUGUGUCACACCGAAAUAUGCUUUAAGUGCUAAUUGUCGAAGAGAAGUUUCAUUAUCGGGAGCAUUAAAUAAACCAAUCAUACCAUUAUUAUUAGACAAUAUGAAGUGGCCUCCAGAGGGACCAAUGUCAAUGGUAUUUACACAACUGUUAUAUAUAGGUUUUCACAGGAAGAAAGAUGAUAAACUAUGGGAAGACGAUGAGUUUAAUCAAUUAAUUUCGAAAAUUGAUAUGAAUGCGCCUGGUUGCAAAUAUUUGCCAGCUUAUAAGGAGGAUUCCGAAAAUAUUCCAGUUGAUUCUAACCUGAAGGAUAAUGUAAAAGUUCUAUCAGAUAGAAAUGUCACAAAUUUCGAAAAUGGUAGUGUUGAAAAUGAAAGUAAAAAUUUAAAUAUGGCAGUUAAAAGCGAGUGUAUUCUUCCGCAAGAAGAUGAUGAUAGAACAGAGAAAGAGUUGUCUAAGGAAAAGAGACGUAAAGAACGAGAAUUAAUAGAAAUUGAAGAAGAAAGGAAGAGAAUUGAAGCGGAAAGACAGCAGUUUGAGUUAGAAAAAGAAAGACUUCAAAAAGAAAGAGAAUAUUUUAAUGGAGAGAAGCAGAAACAUGAACAAGACAGUUCUCAGAAGGAUUCAAAUUCGAGAAAGUCGUCCACGUGUUUGUUAUUGUAA